GGGGCGGGGGGGCGGCACAUGGGCCCCGCCGCCCCUCGCUGGACAGCGCCGGGGACCACCCCCGGGAGGGGAGAGCCGGCAACGCCGGGGCCUGGCGGCUCUGCUCGGGCAGCGGGAGCCGCCCCGACGGGCUGGGGGCGGCCCGGGGCCGCGGCGGGAGGGGCGAGGCCGGGGGUCCUCGGGCGGGAGGUGUUUUGUUGCCGGUGCGAAGGCCCGGACGGGGUUUUGUAGAGCCGCUGGAAACUGGGCUAAGGAGUGAAAGGGAGUCGGAGCUGGAUUCCUUCAGAGAGAGGGGAAGUUGACGCACCGGCCUAAGAAUAGCUCAGGGAGGGGAAGUAUGGACAAUAUUGUCACCAAAGGUAACCUCCGCCGUGUGUUCCCGUGCCCGCGUCGCGUCAGGAAAACCAGCUUUUUUUCCGAGUAAAAUUCGUCUCGGCUUUUCAGGGGCCCUUGCGCGGGGGAAAGCGGCGUUUCCCGGUGUAGUAGGUCCAUGUGCAAUGUUUAGGGUGGUGCCUCGUCGGCGUGUUAUCGCGUUUGCUCUCUGGUUGUGUUUCAGCUGCUGAUGAAAUUGCAGCCAGAAGCGGAGGAGUCUUCGGACCUUCCCGUGAUCGGGAAGUUUGACUCAUAAAAGGCUCCUUCAAGAAGCUUUUGCAGACCAGAAGAGAGGAGGAAAGAGAAGCCGGCUGUCGGAGGGAGCAGACUCCGUCCUGCAGCUUGGGGAACUGGGGGGGGCGAAAGGAAGUCGCUGUAUGUGGAGUUUUCGGACAAAAUGCUUUCUCUGAAGAAAUACUUCACCGAAGGCCUCAUCCAGUUCACCAUCCUGCUCAGCUUGAUCGGCGUUCGCGUGGACGUGGACACCUACCUGAACUCGCAGCUCCCCCCUCUCCGGGAGAUCAUUCUUGGCCAGAGCUCCGCUUACACCCAGACCCAGUUUCACAACCUGCGUAACACCUUGGAUGGAUAUGGCAUCCACCCAAAAAGCGUAGACCUGGACUAUUACUUCACCGCUCGCAGGCUGCUCAACCAGGUGAGGGCCCUGGACAGGUUUCAGGUGCCCACCACCGAAGUCAACGCCUGGUUGGUGCACAGAGACCCCGAAGGCUCCGUGUCCGGUAGCCAGCCCAGCGCCGGCAUCGCCCUUGAGAAUGGCAGCGGUCUGCAGGAUGGGAGCAGUCCUGACAACGGGGUGAGGGAGAGCGGAGCGGAGCAGGGAUUUGGGGAAGAGCUGGAAGAUUUGGGAGCGGUGGCUGCCCCAGUGAACGGAGACCUGACCAAAGAGGACAUCGAUUUGAUUGACAUCCUGUGGAGACAGGAUAUUGAUCUCGGCGCUGGGCGAGAGAUUUUUGACUACAGCCACCGUCAGAAAGAGAGCGAAGUGGACAAAGAGCUGAGCGAUGGGAGGGAGCGUGGGGACAGCUGGAGGAGCGGAGGGAAUGAGAUCUUGGAUAGAAACCUACUAGUUGAUGGAGAGACUGGGGAGAGUUUCCCUGCGCAGGUGCCCGGUGUGGAGGAUCAGACAGCCCUGUCCCUGGAGGAGUGCCUUAGGCUGCUGGAGGCCACCUUCCCUUUCGGGGAGAAUUCGGAGUUUCCAGCUGCGGAUGUCUCCACCCUGAGCGAAGCCGUGCCCGGCGAGAGCAGGUCCGCGGGCAUCCAGACCAGCCUGCUGUCUCCUCUCCUCACAGAGACCGAGUCGCCCUUCGAUCUGGAGCAGCAGUGGCAGGACCUCAUGUCUAUCAUGGAAAUGCAGGCUAUGGAAGUGAACAACACGACCGCAGAAACCCUGUACAACGGCUCGAGCGGAGACCUGCUGACUUCUAACUACAGCCUCGCUCCGAACACUCCCAUCAAUCAGAAUGUCAGCCUGCAUCAGGCCUCUCUGGGUAGCUGCUCACAGGACUUCUCCCUCUUCAGUUCAGAAAUCGAAAGCCCCUCCAUGGCUGGCAGCUCGGCCCUGCUCCAGCUGGCGCCAGACAACUCCACCGGCCUCAACACCACCUUCGGCUCCACCAACUUGAGCGGUAUCUUCUUCCCUCCGCAGCUGAACAGCACGGUCAACGAGACGGCUGGCCCUGAGCUGCCGGACCCGCUGGGUGGUCUUCUAGAUGAAGCCAUGCUUGAUGAGAUCAGCUUGAUGGACUUGGCGAUUGAAGAAGGUUUCAACCCGGUGCAGGCCUCGCAGCUGGAAGAGGAGUUUGAUUCUGACUCAGGUCUUUCUCUGGAUUCCGGCCACAGUCCUGCUUCUCUGAGCAGCUCGGAAGCUUCCUCUUCCUCCUCUUCCUCCUCUUCUUCCUCGUCCUCUUCCUCCUCCUCGUUUUCCGAGGAAGGAGCUGUCGGCUACAGCUCAGACUCUGAAAACGUGGACUUUGAAGAAGCGGAAGGGGCGGUUGGAUACCAGCCAGAGUACAGCAAGUUCUGCCGCAUGAGCUACCAGGACCCGUCGCAGCUCCAUUACUUGCCUUACCUGGAACACGUUGGCCACAACCACACCUACAACAUGGCGCCGGGGGCCCUGGAUCCCGAGGAGCCCAAGCUGCCCAGCGCGGGGAAGAAGAGCAGCAAGGAGAAGCCGUCCGAGUUCCUGGAUAAGCAGAUGAGCAGGGACGAGCAUCGAGCCAGAGCCAUGAAGAUCCCCUUCACCAACGACAAGAUCAUCAACCUGCCCGUGGAGGAGUUCAACGAGCUCCUCUCCAAGUACCAGCUCAGCGAGGCGCAGCUGAGCCUGAUCCGCGACAUCAGGAGGCGAGGCAAGAACAAGAUGGCUGCUCAGAACUGCCGCAAGAGGAAACUGGACACCAUCCUCAACCUGGAACGGGACGUCGAGGACUUGCAACGGGACAAGUCCAAACUGCUCAGGGAGAAGGUGGAAUUCCUCAAAUCCAUCCGCCAGAUGAAGCAAAAGGUGCAGAACCUCUACCAGGAAGUGUUCGGCCGCCUGCGGGACGAGAACGGCCAGCCCUACUCCCCCAGCCAGUACGCCCUGCAGUACGCCAGCGACGGCAGCGUCAUUUUGAUACCUCGCGCCGUGGCUGACCAGCAGGCCCGGCGGCAGGAGCGGAAACAGAAGGACCGGAGGAAGUGAGGGACGGCGACGCGGGAGGAGUGGGACACUCGCUCAAGUGAGAACUGGAGAAGGGCUGAGCCUGGAAGUACUUAGAGGAACUUUCAUGCCUUCUUACCCGAUAUAUCUUCUCAAAAACAUAAAAAAACGUGACUGCUGCCGGUCAGUGUACGGGAGAGACUGCGGGACCUGCAGGCUGAGUUUUGAGGGCUCCCUGCGGGGAGGGACGGGGAGGAGCGGACCCUGCACUGGCGAGCCCGGCGCCUUCCACAACCUGGAAUCCUUUGAGCGCAGGAAACGAGCUGGCAUCACUGGUGGUGAGAUUGGCAGAGGUGGAAAAAACUACUGUUAGGAACUGGCUUUAAAUAAGGAAAGAGAUUUAAGCAAAUGAACUUAAAACAAGUUAUAGGAGAGACAUUUUUCUGAACUUCCAAAGUUCUCUGAUUUCAGGUAGUUUUUUUUUUUCUUUUUUUUUUUUCGUUCUUCCCUUUUCCUGAACCAGUUUUGACAUCGGUGUGUGUGAUUCAAUCUGACUUAAUUCCAGAUUAACCAACAUCCCUUCCUAGAUCAGACCAGUGCACACAUGGAAACACAAGUGGUGUGACUUCCAUUAACCCUUUCCAGUCUGAGGAAGCUCAGAGGGAGAAUCAUUACUGUACGUGUGGAGAAGCUGUGACGCCGUGGCGGGAGGGGGACAUGUAGAACUUCAGGGUUUUGUGGGGGGGACGGGGCGUGGAACUGGAGAGGGUUAACAGAACCGGUGCGAUACGCGUUCCCCCACCACGCUGGGAGCAUGUCACUGCCGCCGAGCCAGCGCCGUGCUGGGACGCUGGGAGGGCGCACGCAGCAGCCUGCAUGCAAACGCUGUCUUCUCCCACUGACCGGCCGGGGAGCUGCUUGGGGAGGGCGGUUGGGGUCCCCGGUGGCCCCCCGCCCCGCUCAGCGUACAGCACAAGGGGAGCAGAGGGUUCCCACCCCCGGCCGUGGGCUUGUCACUUAUAGAAAUUAGACAGCUGUUAGGAUUCCUGUUUCUUAACCGCGCUUUGAUUUUUUUUUUUUUAGGGCUUCAGCCCUGUUUUUUUCCCUAUAGGGUCUAGAGUGCUUGUGUUGAGUAAAAGGGAGAAGCCCGAACGUUCAAAGCUGCUAAAUGUUCUCUUUGCCAUAAAGAUUCAGUGUAACUGUGUGAUCACAUUAUAGGAUUCUCUUCUGUCCCUAGGUGUUGGUCUGACUUCCUUUGUUUUCAGGAGGGGGGUGGGGGUAGUGCCUUGAUCACUGUCGGUCUCCACCACGGAGACGAUCCUAGAAGCUGUAUUUACAAUAUAGCACAGCUGGGAGUGUACUGACUUUACCAGCAACUGAGAAAAAAAAAAAAAAAAGCUUAAAAAAAAGAAAGGCUUUUCCUAGCCAGUCCUGUGCACGUGAUACGGGGUGAGGGCGGUGCGUCAGAGGGAAGGCUCGGGGUGGGAACGCAUGGGAAGGAAACCUGGUAACGCAGGAGGGAGGCCUGGAGCAGCCCGCGGCGCUGCCGAGAGGGAAGACGUCUGGCCGCGGGCAUGGUUUUGGUUCCACCCCCCCAGGACUCCGGGGAAAGUAGUUGGAUCUCGGAGCGCGUUGCGGGGUGUUCGGUGCGUCCGCUGCGGCCCCGAACAGCGCGAGACGGACUCGCCGAGACCCCCCCGGCGGGCUCUCCCAUCCCGGACUCCUGAGAUUCAACGGCUUUACUUACGCAUGAGACGAAGCACAAGUGGUGGAGAUGUGGGUGUGGGGAGGUUGGAAGGGAGCCCUGCGUGUAUGUUUUAAAUUAUUUUCCUCUUAGAAACUUUAUUUUAAUGAUCUGUGACCUGUCAGGGAAAGAAGAGAGAUUGUGUGAGCACAGGACAAAAAUAAAACGGCUUAUUCACUGUA